UGAAAAAUAAACAAAACACAACAGUCAGGGAUUGAGUCAUACGGUGAACAGUUGCAUCAGUCGUCGUCGUCGCCGUCGAGCUCUUGUCCUCUCUCAUCGCCGCGGAUAAAGCUCUCUCUCUCUCUCUCUCUCUCUCUCUCUCUCUCUCUCUCUGUGUCUCUGUCGAUCAUGAUCUACGUCGGCGGUGUUCCAUUUCCUGAUGAUAGCAGCUCAUCGUCCUUGUCUUCCUCGUCGCAGGGAAACAGCCAGCUUCUUAAUUUAAUGAAGCAUCCCUUGUUGGUGUCAUCUUCCGAUUCUUUUAAGAAUUUGAAGGAACAGAAGGUUUCUUUCGAAGAAUGCGGUUCAGAGAGGACAACAAAGGGCAGAUAUGUUUACCUCUUCCAAAGAGAAUAUGCCACUGUGGACCCUGCACUCGUUGAUUUUGCUGGCACUGAUGAGGCAACAACUUGUGUGGGCCUUGUUAUCCGUAACAGAAAAUCUGGAAUGACAUCCCUUGCUCACAUGGAUUCACCAAAAGUUGUGGAUGCGGGGAUCAGUCAGAUGCUAUCAUUGGUUUUGGAUGAUAAUUUUGAGACUGAGUUAGAUGUGCACAUGGUCGGAGGUUUUGAAGAUAUCGCCAUAAAACAUUCCAAUGAUGGAGAUCAACAUGCAAAACCAGAGAGUUACUCCUUCCCAUUGUGUUGCAAAUUAGUUGAAACUUUGCAGAAGAGGCGAGAAAGCUUUCACAUUCAGACCCUUUGUAUUCUUGAACAUAAUACCAAGUGUGAUGCUCAAGGGAACACAUACCCCAUUUUCAAUGGAUGCCUGGUGGAGGCCUCCACUGGUUCAAUUUUUCCGGCCAGUUUUGAUAGAUCUUCAAGAUGUCCAGACGAGAUUGUCCGGAGAAUUCGUGUUUCUGUAUCAUACGAAGACUCUAACUGGGAGGGAAAGUUGAUUGAUACAUAUGACACAAAAACUGACAGAUUCGUCAUUGCACCAUGCAGCUGGACCAUACGACUUGUACAUAUCGCGUGGAACCUUCGCCAGCUUCCUGACGAGGAAAUCCUCCGCACAUGCUCUACCUCACCCUCCGCAGAAGGUCCAGAUUUCAUAAAUAAUGAAAGAAGUUUUUCAGGGUCUGGGACUACUUGCUGAGAUACCCUGAGUGGACAAAAACCUUUCCUAGGCGGCAACCUCGUUUGUUCGAGAGAACCACUAACGGAGACUGGAAAAGGUGCUGACUUCUCAUCCCAUCCCAUGCUACGGUCAGUUCAUCUCCAAAUCAUUUCAAGUUGAUUUGUUCCCAAAGUGUAACGGAUAUGAAGAAACCGGCUCUAGAAAGAGAGAUUUGUAAUUAGGUGGAAUGGGCCCCUGUGUAUUGCUACCAAAAGCCUUGAAGAGUCCAUGAUUGAAUAAUUAAACAAAUAUAAGGCCCAUAUAUAUAUAUGGAUCCGUAUCUA